UUUUUGAGUCAUCAAUAAUAUAUGUUAGCAUAUCGUUGCGUAUUUUUUUUUUUUUUUUUUCGUAUUCAUAAAAAUAAAAAACAUGAUGCGGUCAUUACGAUUAAACAAUAGAUCUAUAAUUAAUAAUAAGUUUUCAUUAAAUACUAUUCUCUGGAAGCGAUCAUAUUAUCAACAUGCUAAAGUACUACAAAAAACAACCUUAUUACCUAAUAAAGUGGGUUUAAGUUUGUCAAAAAAUUUCGAAUCAAGAGAAGACGAUUCAGAACUAAUCAAGUCCCCUAGAUCAAGUGAUAUAAUACAAGCACCUGGAAGCACAUAUGGUGGACUCUAUAAUCUUAAAUGGAAUCAAAAGCCAAACAAUAUAUUAAUUGUUAAGAAGCCAAACGAUAUUAAAACAGAAAAGGCGUUUGUAGAAGUUGCAAAUUGGCUUCAUAGAUCAAAACCUGAUAUAAACAUAAUUGUAGAGCCUGAGGUAGCUGAGCAAUUUUAUAAAGAGCUUCCUUUCGUUCAUGUAAUUGAAAAUAAUAAAAUAGAGGACUAUACACGUACCGUUGAUUUUGCAAUUACUUUAGGUGGUGAUGGUACAAUGCUUCAUUUAUCGUCUUUAUUCCCCAAAGCUGCGCCUCCUGUAGUUAGUUUUUCCUUAGGGACAUUAUGCUUCUUAAUAUCUAACAAAUUUGAAAAGUACCAGCAUGUACUAAGUGAUAUGAUUACAGGUAGAGUCAGACUUAUGUUGAGAAUGAGAUUAUUUUGCUCUUUACAUCAAUCAAAUGGCAAAAGGAUUGAAGUAAAUGGAAGAGAAGUGGAUGAUAGACAAGUUAUGAAUGAAGUAACUUUACAUAGAGGCAGGUUUCCUCAUUUAACUUCAGUUGAAUGCUUUGUAGAUGAUUAUCGUCUUACUGAAUGUGUUGCAGAUGGUUUAAUUGUGUCUACACCAACUGGUUCAACUGCUUAUUCUUUAUCAGCAGGUGGCCCUAUUGUACAUCCAAGUGUACAAAGUCUUGUUCUUACCCCUAUUUGUCCAAGAUCUUUAUCCUUUAGAACAGUAUUGUUACCUCCUAGUUCAACUAUAGAAUUAAAGGUAUAUAGUAACAUUUUUCUUUCAUAAAUUAAACUUGCUUUUUUUUUUCUUCGUACAGAUUGGUGAAAAGAGUCGAAGCCAAAUAGAAGUUUCAAUGGAUGGACACGAAAUAUUUAUGUUAAAUAAAGGGGAAUAUGUCAAGGUUCGCAUGUCAAAGUAUCCUAUACCAUGUGUAAUUCAUAAUAAUGAUGGCGUAGGUUGGGAAAAGGAUAUAAAUGAGCUAUUAAAGUGGAAUCAAACUUUUGGUCAACAGCAACAUGCUGUUAUUCAAUAAAGAAAAGCUUUUAUUUUACUAUUAUUUAAUUUAACUUUUUGCUUUGAUGGAAAU